GGCACGAGGAGCAGUCUGAGCUCCAGCCAGCCGACCUUUGCUUCCCGCGCCACACGAAGUCCUCGCCAUGCCGGCCAAGAAGAAGGAAGAGCCCAAACCUGCACCUGCUCCAAAACCCCCAGAGCCUGAGCCCCCCAAGGAGCCUGGAUUUAAUCCAGCCGAAGUGCAGAUUGAAUUCACCCCUGAGCAAAUAGAGGAUUUCAAGGACGCAUUCCAGCUGUUUGACAGGACGCCAACCAAUGAGAUGAAGAUCACCUUUGCGCAGUGCGGCGAUGUUAUCAGGGCUCUGGGGCAGAACCCCACCAACGCCGAAGUCAUGUAUGUUCUUGGCAAGCCCAAGGCUGAAGACAUGAGCGUUAAGAUGCUGGACUUCGACCAGUUCCUCCCCAUGCACCAGCACAUCUGUAAAGCUAAGAACCGCGGCACCUUCGAGGACUUCGUGGAGGGCCUGAGGGUCUUCGACAAGGAGGGAAAUGGCACAGUCAUGGGUGCCGAGCUCAGACACGUCCUGGCAACCCUGGGUGAGAAGAUGAAAGAGGACGAGGUGGAGCAGCUCAUGGCAGGCCAGGAAGACGCCAACGGCUGCAUCAACUACGAGGCAUUUAUAAAGUACAUCAUGGCUGGCUGAGCAGAACCAAGAAAGCCAACUGAGGGGGCAGAAUGUCACACAUUUCUUUCCUUUUUCUGUUUCUUUCUGUUCAUUUCUUUUCUGUAAGCCUGUCCUGUGCUGACAUGUCCCUGCGUCUCCCUCCGUGAGUUAUCAUCACUGCUCAUAUGUUCCUGCUUUUUCUAAAGACUGUACAGCCAUAAUUCCAUUGUAUAUCAUCAUUGUUUGUGUCGUGGAUCAGAAAAAGAUUUCAUUAAACGUCCUGUUUAAUUAAAAUAAGCCUCC